AUGGCUGGUCCAUCUAAAAACCCUGAGAAGCGUCAGGCUUCUCUGACCAGCUUCUUUACCCCCAAGACCGUCAAUGGCCUGUCACAGUCCCUCAACAAGAAACGGUCGGCAGAGGCAGGUGGCGACAGUGGAGGCAGCAAGACGGAUGGCAGCAGUCCACCUCGCAAACGGCCUCUUGAGGAGGACACAGACCAUGGUAACGAUGGGCCAGCUCCCUCACUAAAGCGGACGAAGGCACAAGAGGACCACGUCCCAGAGAGGAACACCGCCAUCAAUAAGUCGCCAGACAGCUCGGCGGACGCUUCCCUCAAAGUCCCGACAGGCUCUCGGACAGAACGGUAUGCAUAUGGUGAAUCCCAGACGUCCGAGACAGCAAACACAGUCGAGGACCAGGUGGAAGACGUGGCUGUGGCUCGGCACAAGGCUGAGCUGCACCGUAAGUUCGUCAAGAAGCUGGGACACCCGGACAGCAUUGCCAUGAUCAAGCGUCGCAAUUUCCAGAUCGAGAAUGGAACUACAGCCUUGGAGGAAGAUGGUGAUGGGGAUGAUUUGGCGGAGGACGACGACGACGAUGCCGCUCGAGCCAAGACUACGAAGAAGAAAGGUGCCAAGACGGGCAAACUGACGCCCAUGGAGGUCCAGUUCCUGGAUAUCAAGAGGAAGCACAUGGACACCGUCCUCAUCGUCGAAGUGGGCUACAAGUUCAGAUUCUUUGGUGAAGAUGCACGCAUCGCAGCAAAGGAGCUGAGUAUCGUCUGCAUCCCUGGCAAGUUCCGAUACGAUGAGCAUCCUUCCGAAGCCCACCUGGAUCGAUUCGCCUCUGCAAGCAUUCCUGUACACCGACUUCCUGUUCAUGCUAAGCGGCUGGUGGCAGCUGGCCACAAGGUCGGCGUCGUACGGCAGAUCGAGACUGCAGCUCUCAAGAAGGCCGGCGACAAUCGGAACGCCCCCUUUGUCCGGAAGCUCACCAAUGUCUACACCAAAGGAACGUACAUCGACGAGAUAGGAGAAUUGGAUCAGGACAGCGGAGCUGCACCUCCAGGCGGCUAUCUGCUCUGUAUCACCGAGUCCAAAGCCAAGGGCUGGGGCACGGAUGAGAAGGUUGAUGUUGGUAUUCUUGCCGUGCAACCCGCUACCGGAGACAUCAUCUAUGACAACUUUGAGGACGGGUUCAUGCGUCGAGAGAUUGAGACUAGGCUCCUGCACAUAUCGCCAUGCGAGUUUCUCAUCGUCGGAGACUUGUCAAAAGCUACCGACAAGUUGCUUCAGCACUUGUCAGGCACAAGCAGUAACGUCUUCGGAGAUCGAACACGGAUGGAAAGAGUACCCAAAGGCAAGACGAUGGCCACCGAAGCCUACUCCCACGUGACACAAUUCUACGCAGGCAAGCUGAAGGAUAACUCCGAUGCGCGGGCGUCUGCUCUGCUGGACAAGGUCUUGAAGUUGCCAGAGCCAGUUACAAUAUGUCUUUCUGCGAUGAUCACGCACUUGGCCGAGUACGGCUUGGAACACAUCUUUGACCUGACCAAAUACUUUACCUCGUUCUCGACAAGGUCACACAUGUUGGUCAACGGGACUACAUUGGAGAGCUUGGAAGUCUACAGGAACCAGACAGACCAUGUGGAAAAGGGCAGCCUUCUGUGGGCUAUCGACAAAACCCACACUCGUUUUGGCCAAAGGCUCUUGCGAAAAUGGAUUGGUCGUCCGCUCCUGGAUAAGGAGGCUCUAGAGCAGCGCGUAACGGCAGUCGAAGAGCUAUUUGAGAACCGGUCCACAUGGAGAGUCGACAAAUUGGAGGGCCUCCUGACGCACAUCAAGACGGAUCUAGAGAGAAGUCUCAUCCGAAUUUACUACGGCAAAUGCUCAAGGCCGGAGCUGCUUGCCGUCCUGCAGUCUAUGCAAAAAAUCUCCAUGGAAUACGCCAAGGUCAAGACCGUAGCAGACACGGGCUUCCAGUCGAGCCUUUUGAGCGAUGCCAUCUGCUCGAUCCCUCAGAUUGGCGAGAUCGUCGUCACCUUCCUUGAGAAGAUCAACCCGGAGGCCGCUCGACAAGACAACAAGUACGGAUUCUUCCGCGAGGAUGACGAGACAGAUGACAUUUGCAACCACAAGCUUGGCAUUGCGGCCGUCGAGCAAGAGCUCGACGCCCACCGCCAGGAAGCAGCGAAGAAACUUGGCAAGAAGGGUUCUGUCCCGUAUGUCACGGUUGCGGGCAUCGAGUAUCUGAUCGAGGUCCCCAAUGUUGACUUGAAGAAAGUCCCAGCCUCGUGGAUCAAAAUUAGCGGCACCAAGAAGCUGUCCCGGUUCCACACCCCUGAAGUUGUCAGCCUUAUAAGCGAACGGGACCAGCACAAGGAAUCUCUCGCCGCCGCCUGCGAUGCCGCCUUUCGCGAACUCCUGACCUCCAUAGCAGCAGCGUACCAGCCGCUCCGUGAUGCCGUGGCCGCUCUCGCCACUCUUGACUGUCUCGUUUCCUUGUCCAAGGUCGCUGCCAUCCCAGGCUAUUCGAAACCGACAUUCCUCCCCUCUUCGAGUCCCCCCUCCAUCUCGAUCUCUGCUGGCCGCCACCCCAUCGCCGAGCAUACUCUGCCCAACGGAUACAUUCCCUUCACGACUACGCUCUCUUCCCCCGCACCGCUGGCACAUCUCAUCACCGGCCCCAAUAUGGGUGGGAAAUCAUCCUUCGUGCGCGCCGUUGCUCUGCUCGUGCUGCUUGCACAAGUAGGCUCCUUCGUCCCAGCCGACAGCAUGACCCUCACUCUCGCGGAUGCAAUCCACACCCGGAUGGGCGCUCGCGACAACCUCUUCGCGGGCGAGAGUACCUUCAUGGUGGAAGUCUCCGAGACGGCCUCCAUCCUCCGUUCCGCGACGCCCCGGUCCCUGGUCGUGCUCGACGAGCUCGGCCGUGGCACAUCGACACACGACGGCGCCGCCAUCGCCCACGCGGUGCUCGAGCACGUCGUCCGCGAAACAAAGUGUCUGACGCUGUUCAUCACACACUACCAGAACCUCGCCAAGAUUGCCUCCGGCCUCGGCGGCGGGCUCGUCAAGAACGUCCACAUGCGCUUCGAGGCCACCAAACCUUCUGCUGCGACCACCACUGACGGUGGUGGCAAUCGGUCCGACAGCGACGAUGAGCAGGCCGCCGGCGACGAGGAGAUCACCUUCCUAUACGAGGUCGCCGAGGGCGUCGCACACCGGUCCUACGGGCUCAACGUGGCCCGCCUCGCCCGCAUCCCGCGCAGGGUCCUCGACGUGGCGGCCAAGAAGUCACGCGAGCUGGAGGAGGACGUCAAGGCGCGCCGGCUGCGGAGUACCGCGGCGCUGUUGGGUGAUGUCCUGUCUGGCCAAGAGGCGGCAGAGGACAAGGUCGAGGAGCUGAUUUCAGGGAUUGAGCAGUUAUAA